AUGGAAACCCAAUCACAACUCUCCACCGAAUCCGAGAAUUCGAAUCCAUCGUGUUCGCAACGACAUCGAAUGCGGAAACAAGUCCAUUUCAGCGAGCUCUCCAUGACCAGUGUCCUCUCGCCGACGGUGAUUCGAAUAAAUUGUGGAGGCCAAUUGAUUGAAGUCACCCGCGAAACCUUGGAGUCCUAUCCCAAAUCGGCUUUGUAUGAGUUGACGAAAAAUCUAAGGCCAAAUGAUGAGAUCUUUAUCGACCGAGAUCCGUAUGGUUUGAGGACAAUUGUCGACUAUUUUCGGUGUGGGGUCAGGAUUUUGUACAGUGAGUGCACGACGACGGCCAAUGCAGAGUACUUGGAAAAAGAGGCCGAGGUGAGUUGAGGGACUUUUUUUGACUAAUGGAAGAUACAGUGGUUGGUUGAGAUUACUUUUUUGGCCUAAAAAUUAUAAGACUUUAGUGGAGUCAAGGCUUGAAAAAACCUCCUUUUUAUUUUCUCAAUAAAGUUUACAAGGGAAGUACUUAUUAUGUUAUAUUUGGUAUUAAACAAAAUGGGGAUGUCUGAGGAUUCAGGGAAAAAACGAAUUUUGAAAUUUGGCCCAAAAUUAAAGAAGUUAUAGCUCAAAUCGGGCCACCAAACUGGUACACCCUGUACUCCAAAUGCAAUGCUCAAAUUUUCUUUAAAUUUUGCUCAAACUUCGAGCGUAGGUCACACAUCAAUGGCUGAAAGUUUUAGCCCUCUCUUUCUAGAGGCAGCCGAAAUAUUGUAAGGCUUUUGCGGCCGAAAGUCUGCACUAAAGGCGGAGUGCGGUCAUAGAUAAAAACACUUUUUGGCUGACCGUAUCUUUGCCGGUUUUGCAUCGAAAAAAUUAAUUUUGUAUGGGACAAUUCCUCUCUACAGUAGAAAUAUACAUAAGUACUUCAAUUCGCUAAAAAGCUUCAAGUUUUUGCCAGCUUUUGACUUAAAAAUGUCGACCGUUUCUGCAAAACAUAAGCUAGAAAUUACUACCUAGCAAAUUAAUUCUUUUUUUUUCGUUUUUUAUCCCGAAUUUUCCGUCAAAAUAUCUUUGGCUUUCAGUUCUACGGCUUCGACGACAUUGCAAUAAAAUGUGGUGCUCUCUACAACUUCAAAGUGAAGAGUGAAGUCUCCUGGAGGCCAGACGUCAUUGACUCCUAUUAUCCGCUGUUCGCAAAGUGCAUAGUCGAUCCGAAUUUGGUGGUUCCUUUUACGUACGAACGGAAUUCUCAUCUAGUUGCGAGAUGCAUUGCUUGUGAAUUCAGUUACGAACCGAAGCAAGGCCACAUUUUUGUCUUCAAUAUUCAGGAAUGGGCGGCGUUAAAGCAUCACAUGGGAGUGAUGAUUGGAAUAACGGAAAAGGUAUUUUUUAAGGGAUGCUGUGAUAAGCAGGCUCUAUUGGAAAAAAAUUAGUGGCAAAACGUGGAUUUACAAUACAAAUUAUUGUAGUAUAAGACAUCAAUCUUUCCCAAGUUCCAAAAAAUUUUAUUUGUUAUAGUUAUAGACAAUUUUUUGUUGUAUUGAGGUUAUCUUUUACAUAAAACUGGCUUCGGAGACCCCUGAAAUUAUUCGUUAUAUACAUAAUUUGUUGUAUUAGAGUUGUGGUUCGACUAGGAUCGUCUCAGAGACAGUUGCUUUCCCUUACAUUUUUAGUCAUCAUUUUUUUCAGCUUCUCGGCCCGACUUGCGUACUUGUUCGAUGGGCCAAUGGAAUCCAAACUCAUCUUCCGAAAACUGCUCUUCGAGUAGUUGUGGACGACUUAUAG